ACCCCGGCCCCCGCCAUGUCGGGCCCGGGCGGGCGCGCCGCGCUGGCGUUGCUGCUGCUGGGGCUGCCCGGGCUGCCGCAGGCCCGGCCCCGCUACGAGCCCACCUGGGGCUCGCUGGACGCCCGGCCGCUGCCCGCCUGGUUUGACGAGGCGAAGUUCGGCGUCUUCAUCCACUGGGGCGUGUUCUCGGUGCCCAGCUUCGGCAGCGAGUGGUUCUGGUGGUACUGGCAGAAGGAAAAGAGAGAGCCCUAUGUGAAAUUUAUGGAUGCAAAUUAUCCACCUGGCUUCAGCUAUGAAGAUUUUGGUCCUCUGUUUACAGCAGAAUUCUUUGAUCCCAACCAGUGGGCAGACAUUCUGAAGGCUUCAGGUGCAAAAUAUGUUGUCUUAACUUCAAAACAUCAUGAGGGCUUUACUUUGUGGGGGUCCAAAUAUUCUUGGAACUGGAACGCUGUUGAUGUGGGACCAAAGCGAGAUCUUGUUGCUGAACUAGCAACAUCUGUUAGAAACAGAACUGACUUGCAUUUUGGGUUAUACCAUUCCCUGUUUGAAUGGUUCAAUCCUCUCUUCCUUGAGGAUGCCACCAAUGCCUUUAACACAAGCAAGUUUCCCACCAGUAAAUCAUUACCAGAACUCUAUGAAAUUGUGACCAAGUACCAGCCAGAAAUAAUUUGGUCUGAUGGGGAUGGAAAUGCUCCAGAUACUUACUGGAACAGCACUGGUUUCUUGGCUUGGCUGUAUAAUGACAGCCCGGUCCGGGACACGGUGGUGACCAAUGACCGCUGGGGAGCGGGCAGCAUCUGUGCCCACGGCGGCUUCUACACGUGCAGCGAUCGCUACAACCCCGGGCGCCUCCUGCCCCACAAGUGGGAGAACUGCAUGACCAUCGACCGCGGCUCCUGGGGCUACCGCCGGGAUGCGCGGCUCCGGGACUACCUCCCCAUCGAGGACUUGGUGAAGCAACUUGUAGAAACAGUGUCCUGUGGAGGAAACCUCCUGAUGAAUAUUGGACCCACCCACGAUGGUCGCAUCGCUGUUGUGUUUGAGGAGCGCCUGAGGCAGGUGGGCUCUUGGCUGGAGGUCAAUGGAGAGGCCAUCUAUGGAACAAAACCAUGGAGAGCACAGAACGACACUGUCACUCCUGGAGUCUGGUACACUUUCACCCCUAAAGAAGGGAAAGUCAACGCUAUCUUCCUUAACUGGCCAGUCUCUAGGAUUCUGGAACUUGGUGAGCCACGGGCUAAGCCUGGAGAAACACAGGUGAAGCUGGCAGGAUACAGGGAACUGCUGAAAUGGGUUGCCCUGGGAGAAAAGGGAAUGGUUAUUGCUCUACCUCAAUUGACUCCUCAGCAAAUGCCAUGUCAGUGGGGCUGGACCUUACAACUGACUGAUGUAGACUGAGACAUAUUGCUGGAGC